AUGGAACUGGACAUCUAUCCCUCACUUGAAGCUACAGAUGUCCAAUUCUGUGCCGCAGUACAGGGCAACAGCGUGGAAGAAGUAAUGGAGAGAUUGUUGUCCAUCAAGAAGCACCCAAAGAGACACAAUUCAGAAUCCAAACAGGUGGCCAGCAAAGUGAACGAGAGCACCCAGACCAGCGAAGUGUUGGGGGAACUUACAAAUAGCAACCACAACUCUCCUCCGUCUAACUGCUCUGCUGAUAUCCCACCUAUUCCAGAGCCACCAAAUGUUUCUGAGAGCAUCCCUCCGCCCCCACCUCUGCCUGGCAUGGCAGGGAUACCCCCGCCCCCACCUCUGCCUGGCAUGCCACCCCUGCCCCCACCUCUGCCUGGCAUGGUAGGCAUCCCACCUCCCCCACCCCUAGGAGGCUACGGGGAGGAAAUUGUGGUUGCACGGGUCGACUUUUCCCUUGGGUGUGCCAGGCCCCCCCCUGUUCACAAGAGAGUAAAGCCUCCGACGCUAAGGAUGAAGAAACUGAACUGGCAGAAGCUCCCCUCCAACGUCGUGAGAGAGAGUCACUCCAUGUGGGCUUCAACAAUGAGUGGCAGUGAGGAAACCAUAGAGCCAGACUAUACAAGUAUAGAGAAACUGUUUUGCUUUCCACAAACAAAAGCCAAGGAAACGGGGCCAGCCGCAGUGAAGACAGAACCAAAAGAGAUCACAUUCCUGGAUUCCAAGAAGAGUCUCAAUCUGAACAUCUUCUUGAAGCAAUUUAAGUGCCCUAAUGAGGAGGUGGCUGACAUGAUUCAGAAAGGCGACCGGACGAAGUUUGACGUUGAAGUUCUCAAGCAGCUGCUUAAACUCCUACCUGAAAAGCAUGAAAUUGAACAUUUGAAGUCCUUCAAAGAAGAAAAGGACAAAUUAGCAAAUGCAGAUCGGUUCUAUCUGCUCCUCCUUGGGGUUCCCAGCUACCAGCUGCGAAUUGAGUGCAUGUUGAUAUGCGAAGAGACCACCGCUCUGCUGGAGAUGCUACAGCCCAAAGCGGAAACCAUUAAGAGGGCCUGUGAAGAUCUCCUUGCAAGUCACCGAUUGCCAGUAUUCUGCCAACUGAUUCUCAAAGUUGGAAACUUUUUGAACUAUGGAAGUCACACAGGAGAUGCCGAUGGCUUUAAGAUUGGUACUUUGCUCAAAUUGACGGAAACCAAAGCAAACCAGACUCGGGUCACUUUGCUUCACCACAUUUUGGAGGAAGUGGAAAAAAAUCACACAGACUUGCUGCAGCUUCCCAAAGAUCUUGAAUGUGUUUCAAAGGCAGCUGGCAUCAACCUAGACGUGAUCCGAUCUGAAUCCAGUUCCAAUGUAAAGAAAUUGCUAGAACUCGAACGAAAGGUGUCUUCAUCAACAGAAGACGUGAAAGCCCAAUAUGGAAAAGCCAUCCAGGACAGCAUAAGCACUAACAAGAAGCUGGAGGAGGAGUUUGAAAAAAUUGAAACAACAAGAGUGGAGCUUGCCAACUACCUCUGCGAGGACCCAAACAAAUUGUCUUUGGAAGAGAUUUUUAUCACCCUGAAAACCUUCCGGGACCUCUUCAUCAAAGCACUAAAGGUUUGA